UCCGGCACCACCACUCUGCUGUUUCAGGGGCAGGUUGGGAGGGCAGGGGGCAUGGGGUUAUCCCCAGCUACUGUCCUCCCCCCCAAGUCCCUUUCUCCUUUUCUCUCUCUCUCCUUUUGCUUGUUUGGGGGCUCGUGCUAAUGCUCUGACAGGAGGGAUCUGGGAUCUAGCCAUCCGUCAGCUGCACGGACUGGCUUCCCACCUGCUCACAGCCUUUAGGAAGUUCCCUCUCCAUCCCGGGCACUGAGAGAGGAAAGGCAGGAAGGCGGCUUGGAGCUGCCAAGCCCUGGCCUGUGAAGGGUGGACAGGGGGAUAACAAGCUUCCCUUCUACCUUUCCUGAAGAUUGGGGGUCACACAUAGACCAUGAAUGGAUCCUUUUUCAACCAUACUCUUCUGGAGCAGGCAGCUGACCCCAACAGGACUCAGGGCUUGGGAAUGCUCAUGGCCUGCUGCAAUGGGACCAGCACGGUGCUUGUGACUGAUGGCGGCUCCUUGGUCCUGGCACCCGACGAGAGGAACCUUUUCAUCACGAAAGUGGUACAGAUUGCUGUCCUCUGCAUCCUCUCCUUGACUGUGAUGUUUGGCAUCUUCUUUUUGGGCUGCAACUUGCUCAUCAAGUCAGAGAGCAUGAUUAACUUUCUGGUGAAGGACCGACGACCUUCCAAGGAUGUCGGCGCUGCAAUCAUGGGACUUUACUGA